UAUAAUGGUGGAAGUUGUAGAUCCCGGUGUUGUGAAGUCUGGAGCUUACAAGUAUGAAGAUGGCACCCGAUAUGUAGGCGAUUGGAACUCGAAAGGCCAGAAGCAUGGAAUGGGUCACCUAUUACUCCCAGACGGGACGAGGUUCGAUGGCUGCCUGGCUGGUGGCAUGUGCUCCGGACUCGGCGUCAUGGUAUUUCCAGACGGUGCUAAAUACGAAGGCGAGUUUAUGCAGGGCUGGUUCCACGGUCACGGAGUUUUCUGGCGAGCGGAUGGAAUGAAGUUCGAAGGAGAGUUCCGAGGUGGACGUGUUUGGGGUUUGGGCUUGGUAACCUUCAGUGAUGGAAGCAAUGGAUUUCCAAGAAAUGAAGGCUUCUUCCAGGACUGCAAAAUGGUGCGGCGCAAACGUUGUCCCGAAGUAGUGCAGAGGGCGCAAAAGGUGGCUUACAUGGCGCGGGCGCAAUGCCAACAAGUGUAACAAGGACUGUUACACUUUUUGAAAUAGCGUGUAAAAAUAUCAACAUUUUACACUUCUAGUGCAUGUAACAUGUCUAGUUUUAGUUAGACUUUAGACAAUGCGUGUAACGAUUAUUUUUACAAUUAUUUAUUUGAAAUGGACUUAUAUUACUGCCCAUACUGUUUGUAUUAAUAUGUUUUCACUUAUCUCUUAAGCCCGCUAAAUACGUUCUAUCUGAACACUUCAGUUACAGACAAUUGUCUGUAUUAGACUUUGGUAUAAUCUUAUUUCGAAUUAUUUAAUCGACUUUCAAAACACUGAUAUGGAAA